UCACAACAGUGAUUUGUCAGUGCUUCAGCUCUGAUGGAAAAAGGUUUGCAAAGAGCCAGUCAGAGUCAACAAGGAAUCCAGCAAGGCCAAAGCAAGUCAACGUUUGAUCCAUCAGAGGAAACCGAAGGAGCAUAUCAUCAGGCCUUUUUCACAGCUGACAUGAGACUGGUCAGCACCGGUGUCCGGGCCCUGAGGGCCGCAGAGUUGCCUGAACCAGAGCCGGAGGAAAGUACUGAGCCAGGUUAUCAUGAGCACUCCCAUCAUGAGCAAUCCCACCAUGAGCAAUCCCACCAUGAGCAAUCCCACCAUGAGCACUCCAAUUCAGAGCUCCACCCUGGACACGACUUCAGCCACAUGAAGGAAAAGUUCAUGAAUGAAAUCACGCACCUGCCAGUUCCCAUGUGGGCGAUAGGAGCCAUCGUUGUGGUAGUCCUGGUUUUGGUGGCGUGCUGUGUCUUCUGUGUUUUCAAAAAAUGCUUUGGGAAAAAGAAAAAGCCAAAGAAGGUACGAGAGAGGAAGACUGGUCGACGCAAGAAGGCAACGGAAGGCGAUGGAGAGGCUGGAGAUAAGGAGAAAGAGGUGAAGAAAGAAGGGGAGGAAGAGGAGAAGGAGCAGGAGAAGCUGGGCAAACUGGAGUUCUCCCUGGACUACAACUUUACAGAUUGCCAGCUCAUAGUGGGCAUCCUCCAGGCUCAGGACCUGGCUGCUAUGGACAUGGGGGGAACGUCAGAUCCUUACGUCAAAGUAUUUUUGUUACCGGAUAAAAAAAAGAAGUACGAGACCAAGGUCCAGCGUAAAAACCUAUGUCCUGUUUUCAAUGAAACCUUCAUUUUCAAGAUCCCAUACGCAGAGUUGGGUGGAAAGACUUUGGUGCUGCAGGUUUUCGACUUUGACCGCUUUUCCAAACAUGAUAUGAUUGGUGAGAUAAAGAUUCCCAUGAACAGUGUUGACAUGGGUCAGCCAAUGCAACAGUGGCGAGACCUGGAGAGUGGUGAGAAGGAGGAGCAAGAAAAAUUGGGCGACAUCUGCAUAUCUCUGCGGUAUGUUCCCACCGCCGGCAAACUGACAGUGAACAUCAUGGAGGCAAAGAAUCUGAAGAAAAUGGACGUGGGAGGCUUGUCAGACCCAUACGUGAAGAUUGUUCUGCAGCAAAAUGGAAAACGCAUCAAGAAGAAGAAGACGACGGUCAAGAAGAAUACGCUCAACCCCUAUUUCAAUGAAAGCUUCAGUUUUGAGGUUCCCUUUGAGCAGAUACAGAAAGUGCAGGUGGUCAUCACAGUGUUUGACUAUGAUAAACUCGGGAGCAAUGACCCCAUUGGAAAGACCUUCAUGGGUUAUGGAGCCACAGGGGUUGGCCUGCGCCACUGGUCAGAAAUGCUGGCCAAUCCCAGACGCCCAGUCGCCCAGUGGCACACUCUCAUGACAGAGGAGGAAAUUGAUACUGCACUGAAGGCAAAACCUCGUUAGAGUUGCACCAGUGUCACUUAUAUCUGCGUUAAACCCUGAGGUUUCCUCAAUUUAAUUUAGUUUCUUUUAAGGUCAACACGUGUACAAGUGCUGGUGUGAUGUAUCUGUUUUUUGUUAUUUGAAUCCCUCCUCCCA